GUGGGGAUAGCGCCAGUGGGGCAGAGCUCCACAGCACACAGCCCAGAGAGAAGCAGUCAAUACCAUGAGCCCAGCUGAGAGGAACUGGCUCCCCUGAGCUUAUCCCAAGCCUCAUGCCAGGUUUCCAUCCCAGCGCUGAGAGAUUCGGGUUACACCAGCACGUCCCUGACUCCAGGGCUCACUCCACUGACGGGCUGUGAGGCACGGGCACAUCCUGCCCCCUCGGUGUCCCUCGAUGUCCACACCUGUGAACAAUGAUUUUUCAUCAUCCUGAGAAAAAUGAGCCUUGGCCUCCAGACCCAAUAAAGCCAAUGCCCCUUCCAUGGAGAGCAGUGCUAGUUCCUGAGAGCCUGGAGGACCUGCAGCCCCAGGGAGAUUAGCUGUGGAAGCAGGCUUGUUUUCCUGCCCAGAACCGAGUGGCUUCUCUGAACAUCUCUCAUUAUGAUUCACACCAACCUGAAGAAGAAGUUCAGCUGCUGCGUCCUGGCCUUUCUCCUGUUUGCAGUCAUUUGUGUGUGGAAGGAGAAGAAGAAAGGGAGUUACUACGAUUCCCUUAAGUUGCAAGCCAAGGAAUUCCAGGUUUUGAAGAGUCUGGAGAAACUGGCCAUAGGGUCUAGUUCCCAGACUGUGUCCUCAAGCAGCACCCAGGACCCCCACAGGAGUGCCAAGGACCUAGUCAAGGCCAAACCAGAGGCUUCCUUCCAGGUGUGGAACAAAGACAGCUCUUCUAAAAACCUUAUCCCCAGGCUGCAAAAGAUCCGGAAGAAUUAUCUGAACAUGAACAAGUACAAAGUGUCCUACAAGGGGCCAGGGCCUGGGGUCAAGUUCAGUGCGGAGGCCCUGCGCUGCCACCUCCGGGACCAUGUGAAUGUGUCUAUGGUAGAGUCUACAGAUUUUCCCUUCAACACCUCUGAAUGGGAGGGUUUCCUGCCCACAGAGAAUAUUAGGACCAAGGCUGGACCAUGGGGCAAAUGUGCUGUCGUCUCCUCAGCAGGAUCUCUGAAAUCCUCCCAACUAGGCCAGGAAAUAGAUAAUCACGAUGCAGUCCUGAGGUUUAAUGGGGCACCCACAGCCAACUUCCAACAAGAUGUGGGCACGAAAACCACUAUCCGCCUGAUGAACUCUCAGUUGGUCACCACAGACAAGCGCUUCCUCAAGGACAGUUUGUACAGUGAAGGAAUCCUCAUUGUGUGGGACCCAUCAGUGUACCAUUCAGAUAUCGCAAAGUGGUACAAGACUCCCGACUACAAUUUCUUUAAUAACUACAAGAGCUAUCGUAAGUUGCAUCCCAAUCAGCCCUUCUACAUCCUCAAGCCCCAGAUGCCUUGGGAGCUGUGGGACAUCCUUCAAGAAACUGCCCCGGAGGAAAUUCAGCCAAACCCCCCAUCCUCUGGGAUGCUUGGUAUCAUCAUCAUGUUAACACUGUGUGACCAGGUGGAUAUUUACGAGUUCCUCCCAUCCAAGCGCAAGACGGACGUGUGCUACUACUACCAGAAGUUCUUUGACACUGCUUGCACAAUGGGUGCCUACCACCCACUCCUCUUCGAGAAGAAUUUAGUCAAGCACCUCAAUGAGGGCACAGAUGAAGACAUUUACCUGUUUGGAAAAGCCACACUUUCAGGCUUCCGGACCAUUCACUGCUAAGCAGGGGCUCUCCAGGAAGACCCAAUGUUCUUCUUCAUGAGGCAAAAGCCAUAAGAUUAUGGCUGGCCUCUUGGCUGCCCAAGCCUGGGAAGACCAUUUUCCUGAACAAUGGCAGCCUGCUUCUUGCAUUCUAGGGCUUUCUCAGCAAGAGCUCUGGGACUUCAGGAGCCUGAGGGCAAGGAGCCAUGCUUAGCCUUCUCUAUAGUCACAAAGUGUGUGAGCCGAAGCCUCCCACCACACACAGGUACACACACCUAAUGUUCUGUCAGGGCAGUAGACUCCUUCUUCCACACAGGCAAAUAUAUAUAUAUAUAUUUUGGAGAAGUUUUUGCUAGAGGGUGCAUACACUCACCGGAAAGACAGCGAGAGAAAGAAAGCAAG